AUGGCGUUAUUUGAAAUAAAGUGGUUACGGCGUUUGAUAAGGCACAAAACCAGUCCAAUACCCGCUGAAAAUGCAGCAUUAUGGAAACGUCGGCUAAGCAUUGGUUAUGCGCUUUUAGCUUGGCAAGCAUUUGGUCUUGUUUUGUAUAUGGUAUAUUCGGGACGCAAUGACUGGCCUAAAUACUACGGUUUGAAAACGGACGAAGAAAUAGAAUUGACUCCUGCCCAAGAGUUUUCAAAGAAAUUAAAUGUAACUAAAGGAAAAAUUAUACGAUAUUCUGGUUUUUCACGUGUCGGCGAAGAAGAUUUUGAUAAUGCUGAUAGAAAAAAUUGAUGAAUAAAAUUACAAUAAAAUGUUAUUAUAUAGGUAUAUAAAUAUAGUCAUAUUGUAAAUAUUUAAAUAAAGACUAAAA